AUGCGAUUUUCCAAGGUGGCCACAAUCCUUCAAGGCGCCAGCUUCUUGGUGGCAACCUCUGCUAGCUUUACGACGGCUCAUGUACCCAUGGAAUCUAAAGUUUUUAAUUGUUUGGGGCGCAAACUUAUGAAAGCCGAUUUCCUACAAGAAAAACAGGUCGCAGUCAGUCUUAUAGCAAAACGCAAAUUGGUGGGGAGAUCAUCAGUUGACAUGGAAGAAGAAUUCUUAAAUGAUAGACAAUCAAAAACGAUAAUGUAUAGUGACCAGCAAACAACUACGUACUAUUUAUAUUGGCUCAAUCACUUAUGGUAUACUGAAAAUGAUGACGUCUAUAAACAUCAUUUCAUGCAUUACCUCUUAAUUGAUAACCUUCAUCGAGUUUCUGGCAUCAUGAUUAAGGAGAGGUGGACUAUUCAAGACCAGAGCGCAGCGGUGGAUAGUGGAUCAAGAGCACCAAAAGAAUCAUUUUGCUCCAUUGGUGAUUAA